AGAAUCUUUAUUCACGAAAAGAGCUUGUAACUCAUGAAAGAAUUAGGCAUAGAAAUAACAAAACUAUACCUCACUGCAAGCUACUUAUUCAACCUCCCCUUGAGCAAGUUACAUUUUAUCAAGAUGCAUUUAUAGUUCUUGUCAAAAAACGUCUUGGCUUUAAUAGACAUGCGACAGACACAAAACAAGUUUCUAUUCAUGCUUUUCCAGAAAAUAUAUUUGUUUUCCUUUUUGAAAGUGAACCUUCAUUUCAUUAUAGUCCUGUGCAACGAAAAUAUUUUUGUUUUUUUCAGGGUGAGGCUAGUGAUCAAAGAUUGAAACAACUAAUUAAUUAUAACAAUUGGAAUUCACAAUUAGAAUUUAAGGAGAAUAAUCGGAUUUUUCAAUGUAGUACUGUCACUUGUAAAUUUAUAGCGGACUCAGGAGAAUUUUCUCAACA